AUAGAAACCAUUCAUGUGUCAACAGUGUGGAUAUGGCAACAAAGUUUAGAAAUCAGCUGAGGUCUUAUUAAUAAAACUGUCUGGAGGAUCCUUACUAAAAGUCUACAUGCGCACAAAAGCCAAAAAUGGCGUACGGCAAAAAAGAUUCAGGCCGUUUCUCAAUCUGUGUUCUUGUAAAACGUCAUCAGUCGUGCCCCAAGUACUGUUCCAAUUCCAAGUUCACAUCAAGUCAAGUUCAUUUAACAUCCCAAGAUGUGUUCUUGAUCCGUUCUUUUUCUUAAGGAUGCAUCAGAAGGUGACUUGUGUGGACUUAUGACAGCCAAGUUAAUAAGUAUUUGUUACAUUUAUAUAGUGCUUUUCUCAGUGCUCAAAGCGCUUUACAUAUGAAUGGGGGAAUCUCCUCAACUACCACCAAUGUGCAGCAUCCACCUGGAUGAUGCGACGGCAGCCAUAUUGCGCCAGAACGCCCACCACACACCAGCUUAUUAGUGGAAAGGAGACAGAGUGAUAUAGCCAAUUAGUAUGAGGGAUGAUUAGUAGGCCAAUGGGCAAGUUUGGCCAGGAUGCCGGGGCACACCCCUACUCUUUUUCGAAGGACAUCCUGGGAUUUUUAAUGACCACAGAGAGUCAGGACCUCGGUUUAACGUCUCAUCCGAAGGACGGUGCUUUUUUUGACAGUAUAGUGUCCCCGUCACUAUACUGGGGUGUUAGGACCCACACAGACCACAGGUUUACACCCACAAGUAAAAGUGAUUGAGAUCUUCAGUGAAGCUCCUCCUACAACAAUCCACCAAUAAAUGCUGGAGUCAAACACACAGAGAAAUCACUCCAUGUGUGACAACUGAAAUCUUCAUGACAUAAUGUUGAUGCUGGUGAAAGAGGAGCUUGAGAAGAUGACAGAUCCACAACCAUGCAGAAUAAAGGAUGAAGAUACUGAGGAACAAAUAGAUAUGAUGGAAGUGAAAAAGGAGAGUCAAGCUGAAGUGGAUGAGAAACAUCAGAUUGUAAAAAUAAACCAUAAUGUUUCACAGAAAGAAACUCUGAAGACAGAAAUAAAGUGUGAAAAUAGUUUCAGUGAAGAUGAACGCCCUGAAGAUCACAAGAGGACUCGCAGUGAGGAGAAACCUUUCACAUGUCAACAGUGUGGAAAGAGUUUCAGAGAUAAAAGUAAACUUGAGACUCAUGUGAGAAGUCACAUUAAAGAAAAACCACACGCGUGCCAUGAGUGUGAAAGGAGUUUUAUAUCUGCAAGUUACCUUAAGAUACACAUGAGGUCUCACACUGGAGAGAAACCUUAUGUAUGUCAACAGUGUGGAAAGAGUUUCAGAACAAAAUGGCAGCUUAACGAACAUGUGAGAAUUCACACUGGAGAGAAACCACAUCUGUGUCAUCAGUGUGGAAAGAGUUUUACAACUGCAAGUGAACUUAAGAAACAUUCAAGAGUUCACACCGGAGAGAAACCGCACAUGUGCCAUCACUGUGAAAAGAGUUUUACAACUAAAGGUAAUCUUAAGACACACAUGACACUUCACACUGGAGAAAAACUGUUCACAUGUCAUCCGUGUGGAAAGAGUUUUAGAACGAAACGUGACCUUAAUAGACAUGUGAGAAUUCACACUGGAGAGAACACAUUCACUUGUCAUCACUGUGGAAAGGGUUUUACGAUGAAAUGUGACCUUAAUAGACACGUGAUAAUUCACACUGGAGAGAAACCAUACUUGUGUCAACACUGUGGAAAGAGUUUCAGAACAAAACCUAACCUUAGCCUACACAUGAGGAUUCACACCGGACAGAAACCACACGUGUGCCAUCGCUGUGAAAAGAGUUUUGCAACUAAAGGUAAUCUUAAGACACACAUGACACUUCACACUGGAGAAAAACCGUUCACAUGUCAUUUGUGUGGAAAGAGUUUUACAAUGAAAUAUGACCUUAAUAGACAUGUGAGAGUUCACACUGGAGAGAAACCAUACGUGUGUCAACAGUGUGGAAAGAGUUUCAGGACAAAAUCAAACCUUAAUGUACAUUUGAGAACUCACACUGAAGAGAAACCCUUCACAUGCCAUGAGUGUAAAAAGACUUUCAAAACAAAAGCUACACUUAACAAACACAUGAGAAUCCACACUCGAUAGAAACCAUUCAUGUCUCAACAGUGUGGAUAUGGCAACAGAGUUUAUAAAGAUCUUGUUAAUAAAAUCUUUACUAAAAGUCUACGUGCGCCCAAAAGCCCAAGAUGUCUGUACUUGUGUUCUUGUGGACUUGUGAAACGUCAUCAGUCGUGGCCCAAGUACUGUUCCAAUUCCAAGUUCACAUCAAGUCAAGUUCACAUAACAUCUCAGGAUGUGUUCUUGAUCCGCUCAUUGUAUCGAGGAUGCAUCAGAAGGUGACUUUUGUGGACUUAUGAAAGACAAGUUAGAAUGCAUUUCACGUCAACGGCAAUGGAGCUUAAAACCUGCACAAUAUUUGAAAUAUUACUCUUUUGUGUCAUAAAAUGUAGCUUUUUAGUUGAAAAUAUUGAUGAAUAAACUAGUGUUGUAGUCAAGACCA